UUGCCUCUGCAAACACGCAGCUGUCCUGUGCACUUAUCGCCCCUGUAUUCACUGAACGGCGACAUUUCUGUUCCUGCUUGCAACAAGCAAGUUCGGUGGUAGUAGAGCUGCUGGGCGUUCAAGGUGUCAAAUUGUAGCGGAAUGUUUGCAACAGAUUAAAAGAGUUGUGUUGGAGGCACGCGCGCGGGUAGCGGGGAAAACACCUUGCGCUUUCGAGUCGACAUCUGGGAAGUGAAAUUUUAAGAGUAGUUUCAGGAAAUUACAAAACAAAAUUAAAACAGGGGCUUGCUGGUGGAAUUGGGAGCGGGGAUGGAGUGGCGUCAGCAGUCUGCAGUCAGCUGUGAGCUUGCGUUCGAGGAGGCACAAAGAUGGCUUGAGGAAGUUACCAACAAGCGUUUUGGAAGCAAAACCUUUCGAGUGGCCUUAGAGGAUGGAGUCCUUCUGUGCGAUCUGAUCAACAAACUGAAGCCAGGCAUCAUCAAACGACUUAACAGGCUGUCCACCCCAAUUGCAGGCUUGGAUAACGUGAAUGUGUUUCUCAAGGCUUGUGAGAAACUAGGGCUCAAUGAAGCACAGCUCUUCCAUCCUGGAGACCUGCAAGAUGUGUCCACACGUGUGACUGUCAGACGUGAAGAGACGUGCAGGAGACUGAAAAACGUUUUGAUCACUAUAUACUGGUUGGGGAGGAAGGCCCAGUCUGAUCCGUUUUACACUGGACCACAGUUGAACCUAAAAGCUUUUGAAGGUUUGCUGGGCAUAGCAUUAUCUAAGGCUCUGGUGGAGUCUGUGCAGUCCAAGUCGAGUGUGAGGGACAGUGGGUACGUGGAGGGUUGGUUUUCUGACCGGGAGGAUCUGUUAAGUUUGAAGCAAUCAGGCUACAGGAGGGAGGACUCAGUCGAGAGCCUGGACUCAGUGGAGUUUCGCCCACUCCGUGUGGCUUCAGACGGCACCAUCAGAGCCGGCAGUGAAGGUUGCUUUAGUGACGCAGAAGCUGAACAUUGCUUCAGGAUGGCGGAAGGCAGUAAAAAUGAUGCCCCCAUCAGAGGAAGGGUGCAUGUCCCAUCUGCCCUGAGGAAAAAAAGACAGGAACACCAGCAGGGAGACAGGAGUUAUGCCGGCCACCUCAUCAGUGAAAGUGGGCGGGGCUUAUGCCACAACCUCCCACCUGCUUCUGCCUUCCUCCAAUGGGCAAGCAGUUACCAGAGUGACAGUGACUCUGACACGGACCACCCUGAACCAGACCUUGUGCAGGAUGACCUAGCAAGUCGCAGAUUUCGCUCUGUAACUUCUAUGGCCCCCGUGAACUUUGCGAUCCCUUCAAAGCCCUCGGGCCCCAGGGUGGCCACUAUGGUGACCCCAAAUGCUAGGAAGUCAUGGCUCACCUUUUCAGAUGCCUCACGGCUAGCUGCAGUGCCACCACAGAGAUCAAACCAGAGUGUGUCCUCCAUUCCUUCUGAAAAUGGAUCCCCAGAAUGUGAAUCUGCUACUUUGGAGGAAGAGUUUCUUCAGCGAUCCCUGAACAAUGGCACGAGUGACUCCGAAGAGGACCGAGGUUAUGCCGAUCCAGUGCUGGACGAUCUUUACGCACGUCGAGUGCUCAUCUCCGAGCACCAGACCUCCAUCAAUGCUGAUUCAGACAGGUUCCUGCCCAAGUAUUGGACCCCUGAGGAGGCUCUACAUGUGCAAAAGAUCAAGCUAGGGUCCCAGCGCAGACCAUGGUAUAAGAAGAUGCAGGGCUUCAGAAGCAAAUCCAUGGGUGACAUCCCAUUGGAUCCCAUACCCCAGGAAUCUGACAACUGCUCCAGCUUUGACCGACUGGGGUCACGCCACGUUCACCAGAGGUCUGUUGGAGAGCUGACCCUUGAACCUUCAGCCAUACAGAGAGUUCAACAUGAGCAGUUACAGAACAUAAGGGCCAGAAUGAAGGAAAGUGAGGCCAAGUGGCACGAAGAUCUGAACAAGUGGAAGAGCCGGCGGCGGAGCACAAACUCUGACCUCCACAGAAAGCGCGAGGAGAGGGAGCAGAUUGAACUUAUGAGUGCGGGAGGGACCAGUGCCAUCAGGACUGCACAGCUUACCGGAGGGCGGGAGGAGAGCUCCAACAUGCCUGGACCCAUGAGUGAUGCAGGGUCCAGUGUCAGAAGCGCUAGUCUAACUGGAUGGUCAACCACCUCGGCUUCACCCCUCACGAACGGGACAUCAUCUUCUCUGACCAGAGGCACUGACAUAGAGACGCCCGACUCAGCCCAAACGUGCACCGGUGAAUUCUUUAACUCUCCAGCAGCUGUUGUCUCUGAACCCUACGAGCAGCGGGGUCCAGACUUCAGCCGCCGCGAUAGUUUCCUAGAGAGUUUUUAUGCAGGGGGAGCACGCAUAUCUGCCACUCUACCAAGGGGUUUCAGAAGGUCAGAAGGUUGCUCGCGCCUUUCCACAGGCAUCACACCACGUCUAUUUGGAGCCAAACCCUCCAAAGUGUCCACACUACCCAAAGUGUAUUCCAUUGACGACUCUCAUAAAAGCCUAAUCAGUGGACGCAGAGACUAUUCAGUCAUCCCCUCAUUUCUCAGUGGUCAAGGAAAGAUCACAUCCUCUGGCGAGACAGGUCACUCUCAUUCAAGCACUCUGGAAGACUGGAGAGAUGGAAGGUCAUCAGCGCCUCCCAUGAGCUCUUUCGUCACUAAAGUGAACACGACCGCUUCCAUGAUGCAAACAUCUCCUCCUGUUGACUCAAAAGUUAGAGAAAUUAAGGUGGGUCAAAGUGAAAUGCGAGUCUGUUUGAAUCAGAAGCCUAACAGCGGGAGAGACUUUGGAUUCAAGGCUCACUGGGACUCAACUGGUGCUUGUGUGAAAUCAGUUCAAUCAGGCAGCCCAGCGGAGUUGUGUGGUCUGCUCAUGGGGGAUGAGAUUGUGGCGUUGGGUGGAUGCAAGGUCGCCGAAAUGAAUUAUGAGCAGUUUAAGGGCAGCAUGGACUCGGCACAGCAAAAAGGCACUUUACUGAUGGACAUCCGGCGACAUGGCCAAAAUGACUGGGGCAGUGGCCACCCUUCCCUACCGUACAAGAGCCAUAAGACCAUCAAUUUGACCAGUGCCAAUUCAACACUUAUAGGGCGGCCCGAGAACUAUGUCUCGAUCAGCACAACCUCAAACUCUCCAGUGGAGACUGUGGUGAAGACACAGGUCAACGGACGGCCUGCUAAUAAAGCACUAACUAAAAUGGUGAAUGGACGUAUCCAGGACAAUCCAGUUACUCUAAGAAACAAAGGUGGCUCGGAGUCUGCCAUCUCUGAUCUGCAGGUUCCCUCCAUCAGUUCUACCUCCUCUCGCUGGUCCUGGGAUCAUGAGGAAGAGAGGCGGCGGCAGGAGAAAUGGCAGAUGGAACAAGAGCGCCUCCUGCAGGAAAAGUAUCGACGUGAUCAAGAGAAGUUAGAGGAGGAGUGGAGAAGAGCUCAGGAGGAGUUUUAUGGAGAGGAGCACAGUGGUCCUGAGGAGCAGAAAUGCUUUGCUGUGCUGUCCAAUGGAAAUACAACUGCUCAGAUUCCACCUCCCAUUGCCACCACUUCAGUGGCAUCCAAUCAGAUUGCAGAGAAGGUGGGAGCAGAAAAGAAUAGACAGACCGCUUUGCAAAUAGCACCAGGACACCAGUCGCUUAAGACAGAAGUGGAGUGUGAUUCAACCACAAAGAGUCAGUGCUCAGAGGAGUCCUAUGGGUUUGCCAAGCUUACAGUUUCCGACAGGACAAAGUCAAAAUCUACCCCUGCACUUGAAAGCCUUCACAAACAAGAUGCUAAAGCUGCCGGGAGCGGUAAAAAGAAGGGACAGCUGUCACAGGCAGAAAAGGAACGUCUGCAGAUCCUGGAGGAGAUGAGGAAGAAAACGCAGCUCCUCACAGACGGCAGUUGGAUCCGUCAGCGAAAUGCCAUCAACAAAGAGUCCAUCACUGCGGGAACGUCAAUCAAGAGUUAUGAAUCGCUGGAGAACCUCCACACGACCGGCUCCUGGUCCAGGCAGUCCUACACUUCGGGUCUCACAAACCGACCCCAUUCUGCUCUGGGAAGCACUGGCUCUUACAGGAGUGGACGCAGCAGCUUGGGACCUGGCUCAGCCAUCUUCUCUACUGGUCUUAAACAGGCAUUAUCAGCCUCCAACGUUCACUCUCCACCAAUCACAACUACUCAUGAGACAUCCGUCCCUGAGUCCCGUUCAAACUCUCAGCAGUGUGGCAGGGUGCUCAGUGGCAGGCGGAUGUGCUCGAGGUGCGAGCAGCCUCUGGGGAAGGGAGCCGCCAUGGUCAUCGAUUCCCUGGAGCUCUGCUUUCACAUUGGUUGCUUCAAGUGUGUCAGCUGCAGGACUGACCUUGGGAGAGGGAUUGAGUCCGGAGCUCAGGUCAGAGUCAGACACAGACAGCUCUUCUGUAACAACUGCUAUAGAGUCUGUCCCUCCUCCUCCAAGUGACCAGAAUGCCUUGCAACAGAUGGAAGAGGAGUGUACCACAGAAACGGCCUCGGGAAUCUGAACUAUCAAUAAAAUCUAAACACUGCAGCAGGCUUUAUCCACUGCUUACUUUUACGUCUUUGACAAUCAAUACAAAUGAGACUGAUAUUUCUGUGAUUGUUCUCAUAGCAUGACCACUAUAGUGAAGAGUUAGAACAUGUUACUGUGAUCACUGCUGAAACCCCUGAGGUCGUUUCUGUACUGGCAGACAUCCGUGGUGAGAUGUAAGAUGUUGUGCAUUCCAUGUGGUAACAAGUAAUAACAUGUCUAAUGACUCCCUAAGAAUGGUUUUAUAUUUAAUUUGUUGAUGCAAGUCCUUGAGAACUAAUGUUUAGCAUAUAUGUUAUUCUCAUGUCUUUAAUAUAAGCUUUCCUCUCAUAAUUAUUUAAUAAUUGUUCGAGCACACUUUAUUUGGUAAUUAAUCACUUUUUCCCCUUCUCAUUUGUAGAAAUCACAUAGUAGUGAUGGUGGAGGGAACGGGAUGUAAAUGUUAAGUCAUUGUUUAGUAUCAAUUAAUUAAGAGGAAUCUUAUGCUAAAGUUUUAAAGAAACUGCUUAAAAAUAGAUUGUAAUAUUGUGACAUUAAUUUAGGCUUACAGAUUUAGAAAUGUUCUCCAGUAGAUGGCACUCUGGGUGUAACUGGCAUAAAUCUGUUUUUUUUCCAUAGAGGUAAGUUCUGCCAAUCAGAUGGCUUGCUAAUAGAGGUUCUAUUGCAUAUAAUUUUAAGAUCAAAUUACCUGGGAUGGUUCUUUCCAAGCCCCUUUGCUGGACAUUUCUGUUGGAAAUUUAUGUGGGAUUUUAGUCUCUCUCCCUGUUUGUCAUAGCCUAGUUAAAACUGGCUAAACUAUUAAGUGUUGCCAUGGAAAUAAAGCUUAUUUUUAAAUACAAAA